UGUAUGACUAUUAAUUAAAAUCUCCACUAUUGUUAAAGAGAGGCGUUAGCAUACUUUAGCAUCAGUGAAUCUAAACAAAUAGAAUCUACCUCUUUAACGCUAAUGUCAUUUUUGGAACGGUUCUACAGAUUCACUGUAAACAAACAAAAAAAAACUGAAAUGUAAUCAGUUUCAGCUUCAGUAAUCAGUACUAAUCAAAACACAGCAUUUGAAAGUAAACACAGUGGAUUCUGCAUGAACAGAUUCCAUACAUACGCUUUGGUGUGAGUAACUAAAUCAGCACAACAUCAUUGUGUCAGGAGAAGCUCACACACAGUGGUGUCGUCUUCUUCCUCCUUUAUCUCUUCACUCCUCGCUCUGUCGUUACGGCGACGCAAAGCACCUCACCUGUCAAAGUUCAACCUUUGUUUUCGGGGGAUCAUUUUCAGAAGCAUUGUCUCCAGCCAUAAAGAUUAUGGUUAUAAUGACACAGCUGCCAUUGUGCAAAAGGAAACAGGUCUUCACCCUGGAACAAGAGACACAGUGCAAACACGAUGGGUUUUCCUUCAUCAGCCUUCACUUUGCCAGGGCAAAACUGAGUCGACGGGCCUUCACAAGUCAGUGUUUGGACUCAAGUUAGUGUCCUACGGUAAAUACACUCACCAAUAAAUUGUGGUUUCCCUAACAGGAUAUGAUUUCAAUUGACAGAGCUCUCAUGGCAUUGUUGCGUAGAUUCUUCCCACCAGUUAAUGUUUGCCCAGCCAAGACAACACGACUUGAUUCAGGUUCAACCCCGGAUUGAAGGCACCAGCGUACAGCAUCCGUGCAUGUGUCUCGUUGGAGCGACGGCUUGUUUGUUGACUUACCUAACGGACAAGAUCCUGAUGCAGCAGGAUCAGCAGCGAGCGCUUUGUUUGCUCUCGCACUGAAGUCUUGAGUUUAUGUGUCUAAUUAUGUAGGAUAGAGAGGUUUGUGUUAGCUCGCUGACUCUGAGCAAACACUGACUGAACCCAAGUCAAACUCAACACCGCACAAAGCUGUGGAAUCCUGUGAUCCCAUCCAUCCAUUCCCAUACAGAGGGACUGGACCGUACACUGGCUUUAAUCAAAUGACAGGAAACGUACGUGUCUGUUUUAUUACAGACAAUGCAAUAAAAUGCAUUUGUCUGGUAAGUCUAGUGUAUACAUAUAUUUGUAAGUUGCUAUUUUAUUAACAUAGUUAAAUUCACAGUGUGAAAAGACAAGUCUAUCAGCUGUAUAUUAAUAUUAUUCCUCCCUUGUUUACAGCUAAGUUUUACGACGAAAGUCAAUAUAUAUAUGUAUAUAUUGUGUUUAUAUAUACAGUACGUAUAUAAUUAUAAUUAAGUUUCUAUAUUUCCACAGCUUAUUUAAGCUUUCCCUGAGAUUUUUUUUUUUUUUUUUUGCUCUCCAAAUCCUAACCAGUAUUAUGUAUUUACGUCACAUGGACUUUCGGAAUUGUGAUAAGAACGAUUGAAUAUAUAAAACCUAAAUGACACACAGGGGAAACUACUCACUGUCUUUUACAGAAACUUUAAGAGCAGCUGAUUUAUUUAUAAGAUGUUGAUCCUGGUCGAGAUAUUGCCACAGACAAUGUUGAUGUUUUUCCUCUUCCUUCGUCGUCUUCUUUGCGUUUUUAAGAAAUUGGUAAGAUUCGAGUUGCCCAAAGUAGUAAACAUUCUCACCAAAUGUUUGCACAAAGAGCAGGGGAACAUUGAAAAAAAGAGAAAAUAGCUGCAGAGGGCACGGCUACUGCUGAUAAACAAACACUACAGUAUUCUUCCGGUGCCUGGUAGCUAAGUAGAUGGCUUUGGCAAACUCUUUCUUUUAAAACGUGUAUUCUUUUUUGUUUAUAUUUUCCCAAUUGCAUGUAAUGACUUUCAAAUUUUCCAUGCAGGUGUAACAUUUGCCUGCAGCAAUGAUCGAAUAAAAGUCAGCGCCGUGUUCCCACGUCACUCACUCUCUUUUCUCGUUCACCUACAUUCACAGCAGCAGUCAGCAGAGGUGCCGUUGCUAUGAAUACAAACAAACCUCUCUCUCUCUCUCUCUCUCUCUCUUUCUCUCUCUCUCCCUGAGUCUCUUUCGCUGUGUAAAACCACGUGAUGUUUUCUCUGUUGGUUGCUAGGCGACGUGGGCGUGUCCAGUGUUUUAAGGAUUCCUCCUCUGACGCGCCUCUUUCACUUCAGGCUGCCGGUCAGUGCGUGAGCAGCACAGGGACAGGGAUUCCCCCGAAGCCGCUCCAGACGACGCUUCUCUCUGCCCUCUGUCAGAGUAGGAGGAAAACUGAUAACUUUGAAUUUAACUUUAAGAAAAAAAAAACGUAUAUAGCUUUAAAUUAAAAUUAAAAGAAAGUCAGUGUUGGCUGUCUGGAGCACAACACCAUGUCCUGGAGCCUGCUGUAACCACAGACCGGCCGAUUCCAAAGUCACUCCCGGGAAUAACAAAAGUUUUCAACAGACGAAGAAGAAGACGGAGAAGAUCCUCUGAGCGGACCCCACAGAUGAGGUGUGGACGUGCAGAACCUUCUCUCUGAUGAACAUCUCCUCCACGCAUGGACUACCCCAGGCUGCUGCAGCUGCUCCAGGAUCUUCUCCCCAGCAGGAUUUACCAGCUCGUCGUUUUCUCUCCGACUCCAGGAAGCCUCUCAAUGACGUGGAGAUGGCUUUAGGUGGAACACUGCUGCCAUCCAUCUCCACCUUUGCCAGCGGACCCACUCUGAAGAGCAAAGCCUUAGGAAGUGCCAACCCAAGAUGGAAGGAGGAGUUGGCCCUUCUUAGGAGACCCAGUGUGCCAACAGGAAGCAAUUGCCACGACCCAGACCAUCCCACUGCCACCAGCACCACCAGCCCCAGCAUGUCCAAGAAAGACACAGAGCCAGAUCUGGACUUAGAUUACGACUUCAUUCUGUCCAAUUCACUCCUCCAGCAACAGCAGCAACAACAGCAGCAGCAGCAGCAGCAACAGGAGGAGGCCAUGGCGUGCACGUCUGGUCAGACCUUAUCUCCUUCUCCAGGCUCUUUCUCCUCUUCCUACCCCCUCCCUUCCCCUCAGGGCACAGCCAGCGAGCUUCUGUACACCAUACCAGACAUCAGUGACGUUUCCCCGUCUGGAGGCUUUGUGGCAGAGCUCAUGAGGCCGGAGCUGGACACAGCCUACCUCCAUCCCACCUCUCUCCACGGCAAGUUUGUGGUCAAGACAUCGAUAGACAUGGGAGAGUACAGCCAAGGCGUGAACGUGAGCAAGGCCUGCGUUAACCCCGUGUCCGAGUCGACUCCUUCACGUGCCUCACCUCCCUUCACCUGCCACAGAAUAAAGCAGGAGAAUCCCAGUAACUGCACCAUCUCGCAGCCCAUGGACCUCCACCUGGCUGCUGUCAACUCCCACAGCAGGGGGAGCCAGCCUCAGCCUCAGCCUCAGCCUCAGCAGCAGCAGCAGCAGCAGCAGCAGCGUCCGGCUCAUCUAGAUCUACACGGAUUCCCCGGCGGAGGGAGAUCCAUGACAGGCGGCAGGUUGUCCUCGUCCUCUUCCCUUUCUCCAGAUCAUCCAUUGACCCGGGAGCACCAGGUGUUGGGACACCCUCACCCUCAGAUCCCUCUGACUCCACAAGGAUACCACCACGGCUCACCACAGGGCUACAGCCCCUACCCACAGCCGUCCUCCAUGCAGUACCAAGAGACGCUGAUGAUCUCCAGUGGCGAGUGUUUGCCAGAGGAACCCAAGCCCAAACGUGGACGUCGCUCAUGGCCGAGGAAGAGAGUGGCCACGCACACCUGUGACUACGUUGGCUGUGGGAAAACGUACACGAAGAGCUCCCACCUCAAGGCACAUCACCGCACACACACAGGGGAGAAACCGUACCACUGCGACUGGGAGGGCUGUGGCUGGAAGUUCGCACGUUCUGACGAGCUGACUCGCCACUACAGGAAGCACACGGGCCACCGACCGUUUCAGUGUCAAAAAUGCGACCGGGCCUUCUCAAGGUCAGACCACCUCGCUUUACACAUGAAGAGACACUUAUGAGGCUGGCUGUGAGCUCCAGACUCAGACUGAAGGCUCUUCCAGGAGAAUAUAUAUAUAGUAGCGCAGCCUUGAACGGACGAGUGGCCCACCCUUUUUUAUAAUCUGACUCAAUGAGGGCAGCUGUGGUGUUCACCACAGAGACGCUGCUCUGACCACAGAGACCGAUGUUGUGCAGGUGACUGGACGAGACCUUUCACGCGGGGUCGUAAACUUCUAUGACAGGGACCAAACUGGAAUUAGUCUUAUUUAAUCGACAAAACUUGGAGGACCAGGUGCCAACAAAUUACAACUGGAAAUUAGGGAUUCAUGAAAAGAUCCAAUCUGAUCAACUGUCUGCAGAUAAUGUAAUCCAAAUAUAUCAAUUGUCCGGUAAAUGCAGCAAGGUUUCCUACACUGAGAGAGCCAAAGCAGAGCCAUUAGCCAAAGAGCUAAAAACAGCUAACCGUAGCUAACACAACCAUGUCUGGACGUUUUCGCUGUGUUGGACAGUUUACCUGUCCUCAGCUGAAACUUUGAGGGUGUACCAGUUUCUACACAACAAAUCUUAUAAAGUUUGAAAGCUCACCAUCACAAAAGAGCUUUACUAAGUGAUUAUGAAGUAGCUGUAUCUGUUGACGCAGCAGCUAGCACGGAAGCUAAAAGGAGAGAUCUAGAAAGGUAUUCCCCAGCGAAAGUAAAAAUGGCCAAAACACUAAAUAAUAAAAUUAUAGACUUAAUUGCCUUCUCCUAAAUUUCGAUAGAAAUUUAAAAUGUUGAUGAUGAUUUUAUUUAAUACAUUUAUUUCAGUGCUGCCAAACUUUAAGAUGCAUUAUUAUUUUUAUUUUUUUUAUUCUGGUCUCACCUACAGCCCUCAGCGUUUUUAAUCCUCAGGUCAACAUAAGCAAAAGGUCAUAUGAAGGUCAUUGUUUCUCAAAAAAAAUGGGUUAUUAAAUCAUCAGUAUUGGCCAUGAAGAUCAGGAAAUUAUUGGUUAUUGAUUGAAUCGUGCAUCCCUACUGGAAUUGUAUUUUCUUUUUUGUUAGGGAAACCAGGAGCAGAAUCUUCCGUGGCCUUCAACCAGCAAUACACCAUGAACUCUAGGAUCAGUCCACAGACACACUGUCCAAAAUACUGUAUUAACACAUAUUUAUACACACAUUUCACCUGCAACACAACCGAUUUCAGGUACAUUGUUAAUUUAUAAAGAUGGUGCUCCGUGACCCGGAGAAGGUUUUUUUCUUUAGAGAAAAGGUACCAAAGACAAAAGGGAAAGAAACAAACCAGUGAAAACUAUGGGGGAGAAACAGUGCCAUAUUUUUUUGUUUCUGUGUUUCUUGGAAAUUUCUUCCACAAUCUGACUUCCUGAAUCAGGUGAACACUUCACUUUAAAAAAUGGUGAUGGCAAUCUUUAAUGCACUGCAACUGCAUAGUGCAAUAAUUUAUAUGAGACAUUCAUAUUUUUGUAUGGAAUGAGUAACUCUGAACAAAGAUUUUUGUUUUUGUUUAUAGCCUAAAUAUGUAAUAUAAUCCUGGUUUUUGUUUGUACAUUUGCACAUAAAAUGCUUUGUUAUUGUCUUUUGUAUUUACAGUAUAUUAAAAUAAAAUGUACUUGAAAUAGUACAGCCACCGUUGUGACCCAUUCUGAA